AUGCAAUGCGAGAGAAGUGGCUUGCAUGUCAGCCACAAGGGUAAAAAACAUAUAUCAAAGACAACAAAUGUGAAGAAAAGGCAUUCUGGUACUAAGAAAUGCGGGUGUCCAUUUAUGCUCAGUGCUCUUUGUGGAGAUGAUGGAAAAUGGCGGGUAAGGGUAAAGUGUGGUUCUCAUAAUCAUGAUCUCCCUAAAACUCUUACCGGACAUGCAUACGUAGCAAGGUUGAAGGAUGAAGAAUUCAAUAAAGUAGAGAGCUUUAUUGUGGCUGGUGCUAAACCUUGGAAUAUUUCAACUUCGAUAAAACAGGACAAUAAGGAUAAUUGUUGUACUAUAAGAAAUGUGUACAACGCUAGAGCUAAACUAAAAGAAAUUUGGAAUGAGGGCAGGUCGGUAAUGCAACAAUUCAUGAAGUUGUUAGAAGAACACAAAUACACAGUUGAACGCAAGCAUGAUCCCAUAACAAAGGAGACGUUUACGGUUGCGCUUGCUUUUAUCAGUAGAGAGAAAAUUGAAAACUACAUAUUGGCUUUGCAAUGUGUCAAACGUUUAUAUCGGGAUAAUGAGGUUUCUUCAGUAGUUGUAACUGAUGCAUAUAGUGGCUUUUUUAGUGCAGUAGAGUAUGUGUUUCCAAGGGCAUAG